GCAGUGCUAAAGACGGCAGUCGAGUUCUGGUCACAAUUUGUGCCAAAUUAAACAGUUUAUAGAGAAAAACUUUUACGAAUGUACAAAAUUUUGCAAAGCAAUUAUUAAAGAUUUGGCAGUAAAAUUUGUAGAUUGUGAUUAGUUUUAUCAAUUGAUAUUUUGAUUAUAUAAUCCAACCUGAUUCAUAAUUUAAGCACAUAAAUAGAAGCAAUGGUGUUAGUGUUUACAGCUAUAAUCAUAAUGUGUACAAAUAUAUUAAGUGUUUCUAGCGUGCCUGUAAAAGAUGAAUCACUAGAAAAUGAAGUAAUCACAUACAACUUCCCGUUCGUGAGACGAAAGCAAUGGGGUGCUUUGACUCCCAAACAGAUCCUACCUCUAACGGUCCCGGUACCAUACGUUGUUAUACACCACUCGUUUUCCCCCCCUGCUUGUGCGGAUUCAAAGCAAUGUGCAGAGGCUAUGAGAUCUAUGCAGGACUUUCAUAUGAAUACAAGGGGAUGGUGGGAUAUAGGUUACAAUUUCGCGGUGGGCGGCAACGGUGCUGCGUACGAAGGGCGUGGUUGGAAUGUUUUAGGCGCUCAUUCAUUGCAUUUUAACAGCGUGAGCUUGGGCAUAUGCCUCAUUGGAGACUGGUCACAUGAAUUACCACCCCAAAAUCAGUUAAAGACCGCUAAGGCCCUAAUAGCAGCUGGAAUUGAUAUGGGGUACAUUAAACCUGACUACAAGCUUAUUGGCCAUAGACAAGUUAGAGAUACUGAAUGUCCAGGAGACGCUCUCUUCAACGAAAUACAAACUUGGGAACAUUACUCCCCUUUUCCAAACAACGCUAAAGAUUUGAUAAACGUGGUAGAAAUCCCGGAUACCAUUCGAGAAGAGUGGAAGAACAAUGGCACUUUGGUUUCGUAACUUUUGAAAACAAAAUUGGUUUAGGUGCAAUAUAAUAUUAUGGUGUA